UUACGAGUACUUGCUGAAAGUAAUAUCAUUGUUUUCACUUCAAUUACAUAGUGAACAUCAUUAAGCAUAUACCACUGGCUCACUGAUAGAUUGGCAGACAAAAAGCAAAAGUGUGAAGUGCUUCGAGUCCCGAAAACUACAAUGAAUUACAAUUUUAAAUCCUUCAUUGCAAUCGGUUGCCUGCUACUGGCCGUAGCUUUGCCGCUUAAUGCCGCUGCCAUAGAUAAUGCCAUAGUUGAGCCCCGAAUAUACAGUUCGGAUGAUUUGAUUUCGACGAUCGUUGAUAAAUGCGUCAACGCUAAUGGCAUGCAUUGCAUAAAGGAGAAAGUUUUAACCUAUUUGGAUACAGUUUCGGGCAUCGAAGAGCAAAUUAGUGGUCGUGCCUUCGACGAUGAUGUAAUCGAUAAAGUGAUAGUGGACCGUGUGGCGCGCAUAUUGAAUACGAAUGAAAUACGCGUUCAAUUGCCUGAAACUGUUUUCGCUAAUUCGGUGCUGUCCUAUCGAGUGGAUCGCGGUUUCGAUUUAGAAAUACCACAAAGCGAAGCUCGUCGUGACAAGAAAAAGGAUAAACUCUUCUUGCCCUUGUUGUUAUUGAUGAAAUUUAAAUUGAAGGUUAUCAUGCCUAUACUGAUGUCUUUGAUUGGACUCAAAGCUUUCAAAGCUUUGAUUUUGUCGAAAAUCGCCAUAAAACUUGUACUCGGAUUCCUAAUCUAUAACCUAAUACAGAAAUUGGGUGGAAUGAAGAUGACAAUGAUGCCCAUGCCACAUCCGCCUGCCGCUGAAUACGGUGUGCCCAGUUCCACGGCUUCAUCUUACGACCCCAGCAGUUGGGAACCGAUGAACGGUGGUCCAUACGCCCGUUCUGAUGCUCAUUAUAUGGCAUACAGCUCAUAUCAGCCCAGCAGUUCUUCCAACACUUAUAGCAAUUCGUCUUAGAAAAACACAACACAAAGAACAACGAACAACGAACAAAACAUAUUUUAGAAAUCCGCCUCCUUUUCGCUUACCUCCUGCCUACACGACACAGAAAGGACAAUCACUAAGUGGUUUUGUACAUAUAUAAAAAAAAAAGGAAAAAGCCCAAAAAUUCUUAAUGCUUAACGUAAAAUUUCCCAGGACAUGAUGAUGCUAAAGGACUUGUUAAUAUAUAUAAAUAUUUAUUUAGUAGAAAUUAAAUUAAUUUAUUUUUAAAAUCUUUCUCUUAAUUUACUCAAGUCUCUCCUUCUAAUCACGAUUCUAUGACUUUAUAUUCUUCUUCUUCCUUUUUUCAUCUCUACUUGCUUCGCUUUGACUUAAUUUAUUGCUAUUUGCCUCGAUACUUUUUCUACCUCUCCUCUCUUAGGAUCUGUGCAUUUUAAUGUU